GCCGGGGGACGGGAAGUGGGCGGGGCCGGCCGGAGCGGCUCGCGGGACGCCGAGCGGCUGAGUGGCAGAGUGCAGCCUGCCUGGAACCCUGGCGGCAGGCCCCCGGGAUGAUCUGGGCAUGGCCUCUGGAGCCCCAGAGCAGAGCAGCCAGAUGGCAGAGGAGACCCCCAGCUUCCUGGACGAGUUUCUCCGCGACUUCCCAGCCCCACUGAGCGCAGAGAGCCCUUUGCCAUGGAAGAUCCCAGGGACGGUGCUGAGCCAGGAGGAGGUGGAGGGCGAGCUGGCCGAGUUGGCAGUGGGCUUCCUGAGCAGCAGGAACGCCCCGCCGCCACUUGCUGCAUCUCUGGCCCACGAAGCCGUUGCCCAGCUGCUGCAGACAGACCUUUCCGAAUUCAGGAAGCUGCCCAGGCAGGAGGAGGAGGACAGCGAGGAAGUGGAGGAGGAGAAGGCCCCCGUGACCUUGCUGGAUGCCAAGGGCCUGGCGCUGAGCUGCUUUAACCGGCUCUGGGACGUCUGCAGCCAGUGGCAGCAGCAGGUGCCCUCGGCUGCCCGGGCUCCCCAGCGGCGGUGGCUGGUCUCCGUUCACGCCAUCCGGAACACUCGCCGCAGGAUGGAGGACCGGCACGUGUGCCUUCCUGCCUUCAACCAGCUCUUCGGCCUGUCCGACCCCGUGGAUCGCGCCUACUUUGCAGUGUUUGACGGUCACGGAGGAGUGGAUGCCGCGAGGUACGCCGCUGUGCACGUACACGCCAACGCUGCUCGCCAGCCGGAGCUGCCCACGCACCCCGAGGGAGCCCUCAGAGAAGCUUUCCGGCGCACCGAUGAGAUGUUCCUCUGGAAAGCCAAGCGAGAGCGGCUGCAAAGUGGAACCACAGGCGUGUGUGCACUCAUCGCGGGAAAGACCCUGCACAUCGCCUGGCUGGGGGACUCCCAGGUCGUCCUGGUGCAGCAGGGACAGGUGGUGAGGAUGAUGGAGCCGCAUAAACCCGAGCGACAGAGCUGUGGCUCCCAGCGCUGUCUUAGAAACCAGCUCCCCUCCUCCCGGCUGGCAGUGCCGGACGCCCGGCCCGUGGAGCGCCGAGGCCCCCACUCUGGCUGUCUUCCGCAGGACGAGAAGGAGCGCAUCGAAGCGCUGGGUGGCUUCGUGUCUUACAUGGACUGCUGGAGAGUCAACGGGACCCUGGCCGUCUCCAGAGCCAUCGGGGAUGUCUUCCAGAAGCCCUACGUGUCUGGAGAGGCAGACGUGGCCUCCCGGGAGCUGACCGGCUCGGAGGACUACCUGCUGCUGGCCUGUGAUGGCUUCUUUGACGUCGUCUCCCACCAGGAGGUGGCCGGCCUUGUGCAAAGCCACCUGGCCAGGCAGCGGGGCAGCGGGCUGCACGUCGCCGAGGAGCUGGUGGCCGCAGCCAGGGAGCGGGGCUCCCGUGACAACAUCACGGUCAUGGUGGUCUUCCUCAGGGACCCCGGAGACCUGCUGGAGGGGUGGGCCCAGGGGGCCGGGGAAUCCCAGGCCGACAGGAGAAGCCAGGACUUGCCCUCUGCCCUCUCAGAGCCAGAGAACAACACGCCAUGGAGAAGCUAGGAGGCCCAGGGCCCUGGGGUCCCCACCCUAUGACCCUAUGACCCUAUGACCCUAUGACCCUUUCCCUCAGAUGCCUCAGGACCCAAUAGGCAGGGGUGGGCAGGCGGCACCACCCAAGCAGUGCUUUUCCCUGGGAUCCCUGUGCCCCUGUGCUGCUUGCAUCGGUCCCUCCUGGUGGCUGUGGCCCCGCAUGGGGCGGGGGUCUCACACCUUGCUCGUGACAGGCAGUGGGACAGAGGAAGCCUUGCCAGAGAGAAGACGACCUGGGAACUGGACUGGCUCUUGAUCCCCAGGAGGUGGGGGUGGAACCAGAGGCCGCAGUCGCUGGCUGCAGCCCGACCAAAGACACCGGCGUGUGUGCGGGGCAGUGGCGCGCUGCGGGGGGCUCUUGGGCAGACCCGGAGCCGUGGGUCUUUGCAAACACGUCCUGGGCGCCGAGCGCAGGUUUUUUUCUCCAUUCCUCAUAGGCCACAGCUGGGAGGGCUCGCGUCGGCAGGCGCGCCUGGCUGGGCUCAGCUGGCCGAGCUCGCUUCCCAGACGGGAGAGGAUCUAGGAUUGCCUCUGCAGUGCUCGCCCGCCUGCGCCAAGGCAGCCGGGACAUGUGUGGCCCUGGCCUCACUGGUCCCUCUCGUCCCCCGAAGGGGCAGGGGAAGCUCAGAGAUGCUGCAUUCGUCUUUUGUGUGGUUGUUGUUUUCCAGGGAAAAGUCUAAUUCUGAAGCAGUAUUUCCGGUUUUGUCUUUGUUCUGUCAGUGCCAAAGUGACCUGUUGUGUCAAAUAACUUAAGCAGAGCUUAGCAUUUAUUUUAAUCCUUAGAAACUUACGUAUUGGUUGUUGUUGGUUUUUUAGGGGGACCUUCUUUUGCAGUAUUACUGAAUUUUUUUCUUAAAUCAAGAUUGAAAUAAAAACCAUUCCAGGUAGUGUUAAUAAGCCAUUCAAGUGCCUUAAACAGUUUUAGGGAAGGCUAGAUCUGCCGGGCCUAUGAUGAGUUCCAAUAGGCAUGGUUAAGUUCCACAAGAGCAGGAUUUAUUUUGUUACACAGGGUGGUUUAGGCUAGAAUCCUCCCUGCAGACUUCUUUCUGCCUCUCUGAGAUGUGCCGCCGACAGUCAGCAAGGUGGUUCCUAAGAGCAUGGGCUGUUCCGUGGGGCCCUGAUCCCCACCUUCCUUGGCCCUGCCACUUGGUAUCUGGCUGGACCCUAAGCUGGGGGCCCGAGCUCCGUGAGCAGGCACGCCCUUGCUGCUGUUUGGAAUGUUCCAGAAUGUCUUGUGUGUUGGUAGUUGGAUGGGUUUCAUUCGGUAACACAUUCUUGGAGGCUCUGGCAAGUCUGUGGGUCUGUUUGGAGGCAGCAGGGAUGUGGCUGGGAGUCUGUCCCACCCGCCCGACUGAUGCCCCUCUUCCUGCCAAUAGCUGGCAGCCUCUGCUGCCUUGACUGCCUGUGAGAGAGCUCGUCCGGGUCCCCGACUGCCCUGGGAAGGUGAAGCUCAGGGGACUUCGUUUGCCCACAUCAAGUGGGCGCUACAACUGCUGUGUGGAUUGAAGGUGGCAGGGCUGGGUGAGGGCUCCAGGCAGAGGUCAGGCAAGGGGGAGAUGGGUGUCCGGUGGGAGGACCUGGGCUUGCAGGGGUGGGCAGGGCUGCUGCAGGCAGAGGCUGGCAAGUCUGGGAGGGGCAGUGAGUUGCUUAACUGAGGCUUCGACAGAAGGUUGCCCGGGGGCUGGGGCAGUGGGAGGAAGCUUGGUGCCGGGUCCCCAAGGCCAGGAGUCCUGUAGAGGCCUUCUGAGUCCACCCACAGCUGCAGAGCCCCAGGAAGAUCUGCCUGGGGAGCCCCCUGACCCCAGGGGCAUUGAGGGGAGUCCCGGGGAAGUGGCGGGGAUGAUGAGAGGAUGUUUUAGGGAAGGAGCCAUGGGGGCCACCCGCAGGUUCUGAGUUUAUCCCACCCCCGCAGCAGGAUGAAGACGCUAAGGCCGUGCAGUCAAUGCCUUUCUCAGGGCCUCAUGGUAAAAAGCAUCUUAAACAUGGUCACUGCAAUCCGGAGAAUGUUUGGCAGCCACCAUGACCAUGUGUUACCCCAUUUAACUUGAAGGUCCGCUGCCUUCUGGGGGCCAGAAGCCUCCUCAUCAGCCCCUCCCAGCACAAGGCUGGCAGCAGGCUGGAUGUGGCCCCACCUUCCACUACCAGCCUGGCAUCCUGAGGGCAUGACCUUAAUGGAGGGAGGGAGGGAGCAAUGGGCUUGUUUUUCUCUCCUUUCUCAUCGUACUCCGUUGAGUUGAUUGCUGCCAAGAGAGGAGCUUGAGAGCGUGGAGUCUGGAUUCUACCACUUGGUGGCCUGAUCUGUGCCCUGAUCUGAGGCUCCACCAGGACAUUUCUCCAGGCUCGUCCUGACACCUCUCCAACCCCGAGCCAGGCUGCUGGAGGCAGCCCCUCACCCCCAACAGGCCCUGAGCAAGGCAUUGCUGUCUGGUGUGGCUGUCAGCACAGGGAGUCCUCGUUAUCCCGCUGCUCGGGGACUGGCCUGUGCAAGCGCCUGGGCACAGAGCAGGUCUUUGCCAUCUGGACUGGGCUGCCCUGGGAGCCACUGGGCAUCUUCAACCACCGGGCAUCCUGGCCCACUUCCUCUUCAGGACACAGUCCCAAGAGGGCCCCUGGCUGAGACACUGGUCUGAAAACCUUGGUCCCCUUCUCAAGUCCCAGCUUUGCCACUAGCUUAUUGUGCAAGCUGAGUAAGUCGUUGCAUUUCCCUGGGACUCAGUUUCCCCUUUGUAGGGCACAGGGUUGCACUGAGUCUGCAGCAGCUCCAGGAAUUCUGGAGGUGCAGGGGGCACUUGGGGGAACCCAGCACAACCCGGGGAGAUGCUGCCAGUGCUGAGGGCCCUUCCCCCACCGCCAGCAGGGAGGGGGUGAAUAAGUUUUACUAGUGUCUAUUCUUAAAAUUAAGUGGGUUGGAAAAGAAUUGAGCUACUGAUGCCAGCGCCUUAUAAGGAAUACAAAAGCUGGAGACUUGCAGCCUUGCUUUUACAGGUAGAGCUGAUCCAGAGCCAGCAGGGGUGGGAGAGGCAGGCAGCUGAGUGGGAGGGCCUGGGAGAGAGGCAGCACAGCUGGGCUCCCAGGGCGGCUGGUCCAACUCCCAACCCUGAGGUGAUUGCAUAGCCUCCCUGGCCCAGCCUGUGCUCAGCAUCCAGGGCCAGGAAGUGGGUGUGUUUUAGGGAGAGAGCAACAGGGCGCUCACUGAGGUCCUGGGUCAGCUUUUGGCCGCCCCCUGCCUUUGGCCAUAGCCCUGUCUCCCGUCCUGUCCUCCCUGGCCCACACGUAGCCCCUGGCCUUGCCCCUUCCCCAGCUACCUCAGCAGUAUUCCCAGGGCCAGGGGCACAGUUCUGACAGCUCCUAGGCCUGGCUCCCGUGCCAGCUAACCGGAAACUAGGUGGGUUUGUGCAAAAUGAGCCAUUUGGUUUGAUUCUGCCUGUAGCCCAAAGGGGCAGCUGCCUGGGGGCCUUUUCCAAGGCUCCACAACUUUGCCAAAUUCGCUGAGCUUUGCCAUUCACGUGCUGUGCCAGCCUUGCCAAGGAUUUAUCUGUGCACAUUUCAGUGAGGUUCUGUGGAAGGCGGGGGAGGUUGGGAGGGGGUGGUUCCAAGACAGGAUGUCUGUUUGCCCUGACCUGACUAUAGGGACAAGUGCCAGGUGGGAGGCCAGAAAGGCAGUCCCCUCCCAGGGCUGUUGUGCUCAAGUGUCAAUAAACCGUGAGUCUGAAACCUG